UUGGAGUAUCUGUGCGGUCCGAGGGGUUUUUUAGUUUGUGGUUUGGGUUUUUUCUCAAGCAUAUGUGAUUUUGUGCUAGUUGUGGCGGGGUGAGCUGGUCCUUUAAGGUUUUGAGAUUGAUAUUUUGUAGGGUUUCAGAAUUUUUUAUCAGAAGAUUCUUCUUUCGCUCCAAAAAAAAGAAUGGUCAGUUUAGUAAUGGGUUUGGGACGGAUGCAGGUAGAAAGAUUUUAAACGGAUUCGGAUACGGAUCGAGCAAAUUUUGUGGGUACCCUACCCGUUACCGUUACCGUCUCGGGAAGUCUCGGCGCAUUUUGUAGUCUCCGUCUUCCGAACAAGCCAGAGAGAGAACGGAAGGGAAGCCUAGAGUAAUGGCAGCGGCACUCUCCGAGACCUGGAAAGCUAUCGAUGUUUCGGAGAGCUGUCUGGUUUGCUGCAUGUUUGAGGACGCUGCAUCUCUAUCUUCUUCUAUUCUUCGACAAAUACAUACUACUCCCUCUUCAGAAGCAAUAGAUGAUAAUGAACUAGCCGAAAUGAUGGUAUCAGCUGGUAUGGUGUUCGUACAAUCACUGAGAGAAAUGGGGAGGACAUCUGAACUGCUGAUUGAACUUGAAUCAUUAUAUGGUUCAGUGGCAGCUAUACCUGUUCAAGUCUUCCUAGCGGGGGCUUCCAUGCAAAUAUCAGGAGGAUUUUUAUCUAACCUACGAGAAAUCUUUGAGGAGUUCCUCAGCAAGUGGAAAUAUCUAGAUGGCAAUGUCUAUGUUUUGACAGAAGCAGAACCACGAAGCUCUUCUGCUGGUGGCAUAAGGCAGUCAAUCAUGAAUGCUGAAAACUAUUCAGAGGUGGCAGAAGUUUACACCAUAACCCUCCUUGGGAUGAUCUUGCAUAAUUUUGACCUCGCUGUAUCUUGGACAGAGAGAGCAGAGCUGCCUGAAGAAAAACGUCAGGACAUGUUGAGGAGAUUGCACUCACUGCAUUGUGCUAAAGAGUCUAGCUCAUCUCCAGGUCCAAGGAUAAUUAAUUCUAUAGAGAAAACUGGCAGCUUAUCUGCUCUUGACACUGGGUCCACACCUUCUCGAGUUGAGAAUUAUCCUAUGACCAUCAAGCCAUUACCCCAUUCAAAUGGAGAUAAAUCAAAAGCAGAUUCAUUUAAAUCUGUUAAUCUAACUAUUCAGCGCAUUUCAGAUCGGAUCCAUCCAUGCUUAUGGUGGUUUCGCACAGUCAAUUUGAGGUUGGGCAACAUUCACUUGGUCCUUCAGCAUGGAAAGUUAAUGCUUUUGGGUCCAUUGAUAUUUUUAACAUAUUACAUUCUGCGGAAGAAAGGUGCAAUCUUGAAGCGGAUGGUGGCCAAAGGAGCAUCAUCUAUAAGAAGUGCUUUGAUUGAUGCUUGGCAGCUUGCAUUUUCUGUCCAGGUUAACCCACUGGCUGCUGUCCAACAGAUGCCUUCUGGCCUGCUGGGAAGUAGGUGAUCUUAUGGCAUUUCUGCCUUACCACUUGGCCAUAAGAGAUGUUUUCAUUGAUUGAAAUGUGAGAUAAAUAUGGCAAAACAUCAUAAAAGUAUGCAUUCUAAGAAUUAUUUAAAUGCUCGUUAUCGUUCUAAGGAAGGUGGUGUAAUCAUAAAAGGUUCUAGUUUUCAGCAAAAAUUGUCUGCUAAAAUGGAUGUUCAUGUAAUUUAUGUAAGUAUUUGAUUUCAUAAUGUAUGUUUAGAUUGUUCAUCUUAAAUGGUGAAACUCUUUUCUCCUCCUAGGAAAAGAUG